AUGAGGAUACCGAAUCGUUCUCCCCCGAUCCUAAGGAUCGCCAACGGCUCCUUUUACCGGCGCCACCCUAACACGCACACCACGCACCCGAACCCGCCCCUCUUCACAGACCUGAACCUCGAGCUGUCCUCCGCCACCGCCGCCGACAAGAACAAGAACCACUGGUGCAUCGUCGGCCCCUCGCUCUCGGGCAAGACGACGCUGCUGCAGGUCCUCCGCGGCCAGCACCUCGCGAUCCCGCCCACGGCGCGAACGUACCCGUACCUUUCCACCGAGGCCGUCUCGCCACGCCUGCGGAGUGCCAAUAGGGCGAUACAAUAUGUCGGCUUCGACGGUGACGGCGGGUUGGGCGGCGGGCAUACUACCAGUGCGUACCUCGCCGCGCGGUACGAGUCGAGGAGGGAGAAUACGGAUUUCUCGCUGCGGGAUUACUUGCUCGGCAACACGGAGCUGAAUCCGCUCGAUACCUUACCGGGGGAGGAGAACCUAAUGCCGCCGGAGCUCGUGGAGAGGGUCGUGAAGGACCUGAGGCUGGAGCCGCUGCUGGAUCUCCCCGUCGCGUUCCUGAGUAACGGCCAAGGACGGCGCGCGCGCAUCGCGAGGGCGCUGUUGGCCACGCCGGAGGUGCUGCUGCUGGAUGAGCCGUUCAUGGGGCUUGAUCCCCCGACCGUGGCCGGGUUGAGUCCCGUGUUGGAGGGGAUUGCGGAGCGGGCGAGUCCGAGGCUGGUGCUGAGUGCUCGGCCGCAGGAUGCGUUGCCCGACUGGAUUACGCAUUUGUUGUAUUUGCGUGGGGACUGUCAGGUUGGGUCGAUGGGGCCUAAGGAGGAGGUGUUGGAGGGGUUGAGGACGUAUGUGAGGGGCGUGUGGAAGGGUGGGUUGAAGGAGGAUGAGAGGUUGCCUGUGCAUUCGCUUGUGGAGAUGGGAAAGGUUUUGACUGCGAGGGGGGUGGAGGGGGAUGGGCUCUUCUCGGCUGGAGAGAAGGAUUCGCAUGCUGUCGAGUCUGCUUCUUCUUCUGCUGCUGAGGCGUCGUCCUCGACUGCUGGGGAGACGGCUGUGGGUGAACCGCUGAUUGAGAUGGACGGGUGUCAGGUGCGGUACGGGAACAAGAUCGCGCUGGGCAACUGGUCUCAGGAGACGCCGUCCGGGCCCAAGGACGGGCUGAUCUGGACUGUCCGGCGAGGGGAGCGAUGGGGCGUCUUUGGGCCGAACGGGUCUGGCAAGACGACCGUUGUGUCUCUCUUGUGCUCCGAUCACCCGCAGACAUACUCCCUCCCCAUCAAGCUGUUUGGCCGGAGCAGGCUACCCGAGCCCGGGUCUGGGCAGCGGCCUGUCACGUUCUGGGAUAUACAGUCACGGAUAGGGCACUCGAGUCCCGAGGUGCACCAGCACAUGCCCCGCGGCUUGACUGUUCGACAGGUGUUGGAGAAUGCCUGGGCGGAUACGUUCAAGGGUAUUCCUGUAUUGGAUGAUGAGGCACGGGGAAAGGUUGAGGCGACGUUGCGGUGGUUCACGCCGGAGUUGAACCCGGGAUAUCAAAAGGCUCCAUCGUCUUCUGUCACGGAUGACGGAGGUGACGUCUCUUGGUCGGAUAACUACCUCUUUGGCGGUCUCUCCUUCAGCGCCCAGCGCAUCGCGUUGCUCCUGCGCGCUGUGAUCAAGAAUGCCGACGUGGUGGUGCUCGACGAGGCAUUUAGCGGAAUGGACGAUGCUGUCAGAGACAAGUGUAUGCUCUUCCUCGCUAAAGGAGAAGAGAAGACGUAUAGCGGGGAGCGCAUCGUGGACAGUGAGGUAGCCAAGGCAGGCCAAGUGCGGGUCAGGGGGUUGAGUGAGAGGCAAGCGUUGAUCUGUAUCAGUCACAUCAAGGAGGAAGUGCCGGAUUGUGUGCGAGAGUGGAUUUGUUUGCCCGAGGCCAACGAAGGGUUGCCGGCGCGGUUUGGGCGGUUUGAUGGGCCUUUGAGGACGGAUGAGAAGCGGUGGAGGGCUCUUUGGGGUGUGUGA